AAGUAUUAGAAAUGUUCCUUUGACCAAGAUAAGCAAAUUCAGCCUUUUCUUGAUCAAAGUAUUCUAAGCACAAACCUGUCCUAAAACAAACCUUAACACUAAGGCAAAAAGAGAUGGAAUCGGUGAAGAAAAUAGGUGAUAUAAUUCACCAUAGAAUCAAAACCAAUGGAAUAUAUAUGCAUGUAGUAGAGAAAAAGGGCCAAGGAGGAGGACCAUGUGUGCUUCUCCUACAUGGCUUCCCAGAAACAUGGUUUUCAUGGCGCCAUCAGAUCACUCACUUGGCUAGCCAUGGUUACCAUGUUCUGGCUCCUGAUCUCCGAGGCUAUGGCGAAUCUGACUCACCACCCUCUCCAAAUUCCUACACUAUGUUCCACAUAGUAGGUGAUCUCAUUGGUCUUCUUGAUCACUUUGAGCAGCAACAGGUGUUUGUGGUCGGGCAUGAUUGGGGUGCAGCAGCUGCUUGGCAUCUUAGUCUUUUCAGACCAGAUAGAGUCAAAGGAAUGAUUUCUAUUUCGGUUCCUUUCUUUCCUAGGAACCCAGAUAUCAAGCCCACUCAAUUCUAUAAAUCAUUUGGAGAUGAUUUUUAUAUUUCCCAAUUCCAGGAAGUAGGAAGAGCAGAGAGGUCUUUUGCAAAGUACGAUCACCUUACCGUAAUGAAGAAGAUCUUGUUAAUGGAUGUCGAUUUAAUGGCAGCACCUGCCGGCGUGGAGAGUAUUGAUUACUUGGAAGCACCUGAAGUGUUACCAUCAUGGAUUACUGAAGAGGAACUUCAAGUAUAUGCAGACAUAUUUCAAAAGUCUGGAUUCAUUGGCGGGUUAAACUAUUAUCGUGCUAUAGACCUAUCCUGGGAGCAGGAAGCACCAUGGCAAGGGUCAAAGAUAACCGUUGCAUCAAAGCUAAUUGUUGGAAACAAAGAUAUUGGAUUCGAAAGUUUUAUAAAGGCUUACAUUGAGGGAGACGUUCAGAAAGCAUUAGUUCCUGAUAUUGAAGUGGUCAUACUCGACCAAGGCCACCAUUUUAUCCAGCAAGAGAAACCACAAGAAGUUACUGAUCAGAUCUUAUCUUUCCUACAGAAACUAGCCAUUGAUUAGGCAGGCUAUGUUGUUUUUUAUUAUCACUUACUUUUCAAAUCGCCGAAAUUGCUUGUAAACAUACCAGUGAUGAUUAUGUCAUGCUUCUUUGAAUAAAUACAAGCGUUCAACUUUUAUC